UAUAAAUCAGUCACAAUGCCUGUACAGCCCAUGCCCUCAGCCCACAUCGAUGUGAAAAGCUGUCCUUACCUGUGCUUAUGAGCAUCACGUCUGCCACGAAAUGGAUGGAUGGAACACUUUCAAUAGGCGCGCCCGACUGAUACGCAGGGUUACAACGGCAAGCGCCCGCGGAAUUUGAAUCACAGCAUUAUCGCAACGCAUCGAUAAGCACCUGAUCAAGACAUCGCCUCAGCUCGCUCAUAAGCAUUUAUCAAGAAUCGACCUUCUGACAAGCCAUUCGCACGAGCGGUCAUGAACAACUGGGGCUGGCCAGGAUUUAACCCCGCAGGGAACAAUAUCUACGGCGGCGCAGGGGUCCCGUUCCAACAAACUCCGUGGGCCGGGGCCAGUGCGUACGCGCAGGAUUUGGGACCUAGUGCGUGUCUUACUUCUCUUCUUCGAAUUCAGAAUCAAGCUUACCGCCACCCCUUCCCCCCAGCACCUUGGAAGGGCCGGAGCAAGCACGCGACUUUGCACCCCAUUCUCGCUGUGGAUACCACGCUCCUUCGGUAUGAUUUGAGGAAGAAGGCCCAUUCGUCAAUAGCAGCCAAUGCGUAUUAUACGAAUGCGCAGGUCCCGGCUACGAUAUCGCCGGUGAUGAUUAUGCGCCUCGUCUCGCAGGAUUUCCCGUGGACCAUUGAUAUCAAGUCGACGCUGCCGAUUACUGUUGAGGCCAUAUGGGAUGCGCUGCAUGCAGCGAUGCAGGAGGAUAUUAUGGAUUCGGAAUGGGGAAUCAUCGUGUGCGAUAAGAAGCUCCGGGCGACUGUCGAGAAGGCUGCGAAGAAGAGGAUCGAGGCUGAGGGGCAUGGAUCUAGCAAGAAGAUGAAGAGGAUAGACUGGUUGGGAGAGAAUACCUGUUUGAAGGGCCUUGACCGGGACGAGACGUUCGAGAAAGCAAGGUUGCUGCCGGGGGAUAAGGAUUGUGCUGAUACAUGGGUGGUAAAGAUGUGUGCGCCGUAAAUGACUUGAGCCGGAAGUCAAAAUGGGUAUUAUGUUGUUCCAAAAGUUUCAGGAUGCGUAUAUCUCCAUGUACUCGUUAUGUCUUAUGUCUCUAUGACAUUGUAAGUUUCUAUCAAAUAUGACUUUUUAUUCGACUGGGACCUGAGCUUGCUGGCGGUCUUAAAAGU